AUGCUGGGCUUCUUCAAAAAGGCCCUGGAAAGCCGGGUCUACGGACUCGACCAUGCCUUAUUGAAUAUCCAGCUGCCGCCAGCAACCUUGUGGAUGAAUAUGGGUUAUUGGAAGGAUACAGAAGACUUCCCAGAAGCUUGUCAAGCCUUACUUGACCUUGUCCUGGGAGCCGGUUUGGGCCGUGAGGAGAUCGAUUCUCAGUCCGUCAGCAUCCUCGACGUAGGAUGCGGAUGCGGCGACCAGUCAAUUCGCAUUGCAUCGUUGAAAAGAGGAGAGAAGAGCUCGUUCUCAGCUGGGCGGUCAUUCUCGUCGGCGUCAGCGUCAGCGUCACGGUCUGGUUUCGAUGCCUUGGACAAUUCCGCCAACGCAGCCAUCAGUAGACGGACGGACGUUGCUAGGUUCAACCCCCCUCCCAGGGCGUUGGUAGAUACCUACGUCGGUAUCACUUUGCAAGCUUCGCAGGCAGAAAUCGGUCAGCGGCGCAUAGGCCUUCAUCAGCAACAAAGUUCUCGCACGCAAACCACCGCCACAACCACCAGGGAUAUCCCAUCAGAGUCAAACUACCACAUCUUCUGCGCCGAUGCCGCCAACCCAUCAACUUGGACAGGGGACUUGCAAACCUCCAUCUCCACGAUGAUCCCUUCUUCCUCCUCAUCACCCUCCUCCCCCACCACCAGUCUGACCGCCAACCCACACACAACCUGGCUUCUAGCCCUCGACACCCUCUACCACUUCCAGCCCUCCCGUCUACCCAUCCUACACUACGCAAACACCACCCUCCACGCCUCCUUCAUGGCCUUUGACCUCCUGCUCGCCGAUCAAUCCUCUGUCUGGCAACGGUUGAAACUGCGAUUAGUAUGCCUGGUGACCGGGGCCCCCUUUGCAAAUUUCCUGACCUGCGAGCAGUAUGUCCAGUUACUGGUGGAGGCAGGGUAUGAGCGGGACAGAGUUGAGAUCGUGGAUAUUUCGCCGGAUGUGUUUCCGGGUAUCACGAGGUUUUUGCAGAGGAGAAUACGUGAGGCAAGGCCGUUUGGGUUGAAGCUGGGUAAGUUUCGGGGGGCAAAGAGUGUGUUUGGGUGGUGGGCGAGGAGUGGGAUUGUGAGGGGGGUGGUGGUGGUUGCCAGGAAGUAA